AUGAACGCCGCAGUACGGCCGGCCAGCACGCCCGCGGUGGCAGCGUGCGCCCGUGCUGGCCGACCACGGCCCCCGGGCGUCGGCGCGCGCUGCGCAGCCCCACCGUCGGGCCUCUUCGCGACCGCGGCCGCCCAGCGCAAGCCCGCGGCGCGUCAGACGGCGGCAAACUUCUCCCUCGAACAAGCCUGGGGCACCGGCGUUGAUGCGGAGAGCCUGGCGCCCACGCUGUUCGCCGCGUCGCUGUUCCCGUACCUGGGUUUCUUGUACCACCUGACCAAGUCCAAAACAGCCCCCCCGGUGGCGCUGGGGGGGUUCUACUUCCUGCUCGUCUUCGUGGGCGUGACGAUCCCCGCGGGCAUCGUCGCGAAGACGCAGUACGCCGCGAGCCUGGCCAACGUCGACUGGCUGCACGGCGGCGCUGAGUCCAUGCUGACUGUUACAAACCUGCUGAUCGUGAUCGGCCUGCGGCGAGGGAUCCGGAAGGCCAAGGCGGACGCGGACGGGACGGAGGAGGCGUCGUAG